AUGGCCGGCUCCCAGGUCCGCUGCCUGGAAAGCGAAGAACCUUAUGCCAAAGUAACCGAAUCGAAUCCUGAAUUUUAUUACUGUGAGGGCCAACGGCUGGCCCUCGAAGCCCUGUUUGCUAAGGGAAAGGCGGCGUUUAACGAAUGCCUCUCCCAGGAAAAGCUGCGUCCCUUCCUGUCAGACGCAGAGCAGCAAGAACUGAAGGAGGCCACGACCGCAGAAGACUCACAGGUUCCUCCGCCGGGCGGAGCAGGGAGGAACAACCGUGGGGACCAAGGUUCGAGUCUCAGCUAUUGGCCUGGACGAUCAGAUGAGCCCACCCCAGACCUGGAGCUGGGAUGGCCGGAGGACGGGGCCUGGAAAGGGAUUUCCCGGGCAGAGGUCUACACCCAUCCCCCAGGCGACGGAGCGCCGCACAUCAAGGAGGUGGUGCGCAGAUGUCUCCAGCAAGCUAACAAGGUAAUCGCCAUAGUCAUGGAUGUUUUCACGGACCCCGACAUCCUCUCGGAUCUGUACGAUGCUGCAGUCAGGCGCCGAGUCCCUGUUUACGUCAUACUCAGCAGACGGCAUCUCGACGCCUUCCUCGCAAUGGCUGAGAAAAUGUGCCUCAAUGUCCGCUACACGGAGAAGCUGAGAGUCCGAGUCCUCCAGGGCUGCGUCUUCCAAAGCAGACACCAGAAGCAGGUUACGGGGUCGUUGAAGGAGAAAUUUGUACUGGCUGAUGGAGAAGUAGCCAUCACUGGCAGCUACAGCUUCACGUGGACCGAUGCCCGGUUGAAUCGCCACCUCGUCACUCGGCUUACAGGGGAGGUGACAGAAGCGUUUGAUCGGGAAUUCCGGACCUUGUAUGCUGCUUCCUGUCCCUUGCCAGGCCUAGAGGUACCCCCGCGGCCCCAAGUGGCUCAUGUGCCUCCGCUACCUAUGGCGAACGGGCCAGAAACGGCUCCGUACGUCAGUGUCCUGGACGGGGUACAACUGUCCUCCAACCGCAUUGCCGAGAGGCGCUCCGUGGCCCCGCACCCCGUGGCCAAGAGUCGCGCCGGUGAGUGGGAACUGGUAUUAGCCUCACCUGCGACUGCGGAGGAACCUGUGCUACCUCCUCCAGUGCCCGAGGCCUCCAUCCGGAACCGUUUAGGAGCGUGGCGGGGCGUGGACUUGUCGGGGAGAGCCCCGCAGGGGUCCCAAGAACGGCACAGCGCUCUCAGUGAUAUCUUCCGGAAUGUACAGCGGACCCGGCUCUCGGUAGCCAAGACCACAGGGGCCCGGGCUAGCAAGUCACUAUGGGACCUCAGCCGUUUCAGCCAACUCUCUGGAUCCAGCACGGGAUUUGGGCAUAAUGGGAUGGAUGCAGCCGAAGAAGCAAAGAAAUGGGGUUACCAGGACACUCCGGCCAGGGAGCUGAUGAAACAGCGAGUUGUCGGCCACACUCCAGAUGAGCCAUGGCUGCCUGUCUACCUGGCACCUGGGCGCAUGACACCUUCCCCUGGCUACUCAGGUCUAGGAAGACUACAAGGACAGCUAUAUCGUACAACUGCCCAUCCAGGUAUACCCCGGGUUUGGGGGCACUCAGGAAAGCCACAUCAUGGGCAUCAGUACCGGUUCUGA